AAGCUGACUUCCAAAUUGGAUCUUGAAAUGAGUUUGCCGACCGACUUCGGUCCAGAUUCCGGCGGGAGAGUGAAGGGUCUAGUGAUAGUAAAACCAAUAGUGUACGGCAAUAUCGCUCGGUACUUCGGGAAGAAACGAGAAGAGGACGGUCAUACUCAUCAGUGGACCGUGUAUGUGAAACCGUAUGCCAAUGAAGAUAUGUCCGCGUAUAUAAAAAAAGUGCACUUCAAGCUUCACGAGAGUUACGCCAACCCGAAUCGCAUAGUAACGAAGCCGCCGUAUGAGCUAACUGAGACAGGGUGGGGAGAGUUUGAGAUUGUCAUUAAGAUUUACUUUCAUGAUCCUAAUGAGAGACCGGUAACCCUCUAUCACAUCCUAAAGUUGUUCCAAUCACCAGUGGCAGAAGGAGCACCACCCACAGUUGGUCGUGCUCUUGUGAGCGAGUCUUAUGAGGAAAUAGUUUUCCAAGAACCUACGCAGCUCAUGCAGCUUUUGCUAAACAGUGUGAAGCCUAUUACUAACGGAACUUGGUCACAUGAUACUGAUUUUGAAGAUAAGAAAGAAAAAACUCUUGAAAAGAUAAUAUCAUCACAAACAAAAGUACGCACGGAGAUAUCAGAACUUAAAGAGAAACUGGGACUGGCUAAAGAAACAAUAGCUAAGUUUAAGGAUGAAAUUGCUAAGCUCCAGAGCCACCAAACUGUAACUGGUGUAUAGUAUUCUAAUAUAUUUUUAUACGAGCUGUCAAAUUGUCAAGCUUAAAAUGCUUGUGAUACUCUGUAAAAUUUUGUUGGUUUAGAAGACAGAUCGGUAAAAUUGGGAUGAUGUAAAUUUGUAGCAGUGUCCUAAUCGUCGGCUUAUUGCAAGAAGUC